AUGAGCAGCGCGGAACUGCGUUCGAGAGACGUCAUGAGAGUGCUCACAAAUGAGCACAUCAAGAGACAAGGUGACAAGACGAUAUCGGUGGAGACUGGAGACGCGGAGAAGGCGUUCAGUGCUGAGCGUGAACCUCGCCAGUGUACGUACUGCGGAAUAAUGGGGCACACGACGGAGUGGUGCUGGACCAUGAACAAGGACGAAAAUAUACGUGGAGCUCUACGCGCCGGCAACAAUGCUCGUGGACGCGGAGCCAACAACGUUCAGUGGCAAACCAACAGCAACUACGACGACAACUACGAUCGAGUUGCGUUUGUGGUUUCGCUGGAGGCUAGAUUUUCAACAGGCAAGAAUAUGUCAGGAUGUGGGCGGUCGACAGAGGUGCGACGCAUCACAUCUGAAACGACAAGGCCAAGUUCACAAGCCUGA